GUUUACAGAUAUAAUCUUCUGUAAGAUGUAAGCUGGACGGCACGAAGCAAAAUUAUGGAGAAAUACGAAAACAUCGGACUUAUAGGCGAGGGAUCUUAUGGGGUUGUCACAAAGUGCAAAAAUAGGGAUACAGGGCAGAUUGUCGCGAUAAAAAAGUUUCUUGAAACUGAAGACGACCCUAACGUGAAGAAAAUUGCUCUCCGAGAGAUACGAAUGUUAAAACGAUUGCGACAUGAGAACUUGAUAAACCUUAUCGAGGUGUUUAGACGGCGACGAAAAUUGUACCUUGUAUUUGAGUUCAUGGAUCAUACUAUUCUUAGUAAGUAA